UUUUUUUUCCUCCUCCUCCAACUCUUCUCUCUCUCUCCACAAAGAAUAUAUGAAGUCUCACGCUCUCUUCCAACACCUCCUCCUGAUCACAAUACCCUUAACGUUUCUGAAUUUUACAAUAUUGCCCUCAACAUGCUCUCCUUCGACUGACGGUGACUUGUCUUUCUUCGAUGUCAAUUCUGCAAAUCCAAACUCUGCCGUGAAUUCGAAGCAACACAGGAAUGGGACCUCAAAGGCUCCGGUGGUUGAGAAGGUUUUGUGGAGCCGGGCUUGGUCGGAGGAGGUGUUGGGCCUGGCCAGACGGCCCAAGACGGCGGAUUGGGUGAAGGGAAUUAGGAGGAUAAUUCACCAGAAUCCGGAACUUGCUUUUGAAGAAAUGGAGACCAGUCGGUUGGUACGACAUGAGCUGGACCGGUUGGGGAUCAGUUAUAAGUAUCCGUUGGCCAAAACGGGUAUUCGGGCCUGGAUCGGGACUGGUGGGCCUCCGUUUGUGGCCCUCCGGGCUGACAUGGAUGCACUCCCAAUACAGGAAGCAGUAGAAUGGGAGUACAAAAGCAAAGUAGCAGGAAAAAUGCAUGCAUGUGGACACGACGCACACGUUGCGAUGCUUAUGGGUGCUGCCAACAUCUUGAAAUCUCGCGAACACCUCUUGAAGGGGACUGUAAUAUUGCUGUUUCAGCCAGCAGAGGAAGCGGGGAACGGAGCGAGAAGAAUGAUUGAAGAUGGAGCUCUGGAGAAUGUAGAGGCCAUCUUUGCACUACAUGUAUCCCAUGAACGUCGUACAGGCAUCAUUGGAUCAAGGCCUGGUCCUAUACUUGCCGGAUGCGGGUUCUUCAGGGCAGUUAUCAGCCGGGACCGUCCCCGCUGCUUUGAACCCCUGUUGGCUGCCUCCACUGCUGUCAUUAGCUUGCAGGGCAUUGUUUCCCGCGAAGCCAAUCCUUUGGACUCGCAGGUCGUGUCAGUAACAUCGUUCAACGGAGGUAAUAAUCUCGACACAAUGCCAGACAGUGUGGUUCUUGCUGGUACCUUAAGGGCUUUCUCCAAGGAAAGCUUCCAUCAGCUUAUGAAGCGAAUUGAAGAGGUGAUUGUCGGUCAGGCGAGCGUGUUCAGAUGCUCAGCGACUGUCGACUUCUUUGAGACACAGAACAAGAUUUAUCCACCGACUGUCAACGAUGAGCGAAUGUACGAGCAUGUCAGGAAGGUCGCCAUUGAUUUGCUAGGUUCGUCGAGUUUCCAGGCCGUGCCUAAGAUGAUGGGUGCUGAGGACUUCUCCUUUUACUCUCAAGUGAUACCUGCAGCUUUCUUCUUCAUUGGUAUAAGAAAUGAGACCUUGGGUUCCAUACAGACAGGCCACUCGCCGUAUUUUAUGAUCGACGAAGAUGCUCUUCCUAUAGGAGCUGCAACUCAUGCAACUAUUGCAGAAAGAUAUCUUAUUGAGCAUGGUUGAUUUGGCAUCUCGCAAUCUGCAGAAUUUGAUCGCUACGAGGGCGUAUAAAAGUUUUAGAGCACAAGAGGAAUUUCCUCUUCACCAGUGUACAUGCUAGGGUAGAUAUUGUUCUGAUUUACGUAAAUUUGAAAAGAUCUGGUUCAACAACAGAAUGGCUAUGCACUUCCCACCAUUUCCCUAAACCUGCAACCCAAAACAAUUCUCAACUUCAGAUGUAAAACGUUUCUGGCUAUGGUAUUGCUAUCUUCGUAAACGAAUAAGAAUCCCCUAACCAUAUAUUCUUGCA